AUGCCGAAUUUAGAAAGACUCCUGGCUGAGCAAGAGAACUUGGCAAAGAACAGAAAGUACAAGUUCUACGCGAUCCCCUUGCCAGAAAAGCCAAAAAGAAACAUUACGAGAUGGGAGUGUGGGAUACCAGGCCCUCCUGACGGAGUAUACAAGGGAGCUUACUAUACACUGUAUGUGGAUUUCCCAGAUGAUUACCCAUUCAACCCCCCACAAGUAAUGUUCAAGUAUCCUGUGUACCAUCCGAAUGUUUAUCCUACCAAUCAGGUGUGCCUUGAUAUCAUCGGAGACAGAUGGAAGCCCAGUCUAAAUGUCAUGAAUGUGCUGUGUGGAGUCCAACAGCUUCUUGAAGCCCCCAAUACACGCAGCCCUGCAAACACAGAUGCUAGCCUAUGCUUUAAAAAAGAUCUGGAAAGAUAUCUAGAGAAUGUGAAGGAGAACAUCGGAAGAUAUCAUAGAAGGCCAGAGUGGAGAGGGCUAUGA